AUUAUCAACAAAAUAUCAUAGAUAAUGUCUUAUAACAAGUCAGAAUGUUAAACCAUGUUCAAACCUUAAAAGAGAGAUAUUAUUGGAACUUGUAAGGUUUCCUUAUGUGUGACUCAUCAUGGAAACUGCUAGACAGAUCUGUAUUCCUGUUCCUGGCUGGCUCUAUGUUAUUUGUUCAAUAUGUUUGACUCUGGUUACAAGUCACAGUAUAUUGGAGGCCAGAAGGAGAAGUUUGUAAGGUUGGAUGAUCUGGAUUCCAAUUUAUCUAUGUCAACUAGUUCUCCUGGUGGGAUGAAGAACUUUGGAUUUAAUUUCGAAUCUUGGCGUCCUCAUCGUGAGAGAAAAAAUACAUCAAAAUCCUUUAGACUAGGAGUGAAGAGGGGAUCAGAUGGACUAAAAACAUUUGGAAGAACAAUCAGAAGUGGGGUCGCCUGGUCAGUGUUCCCAGAAGAUCUUAAAGUCUCAGAGAAAAAAGUAUUUGACCCUCAAGAUAAGAUCCUUCUGUAUUGGAACAAGUUUUUCGAGAUUCUAUGCAUUUUGUCUGUAGCUUGUGAUCCCUUCUUCUUCUACAUCCCUUAUUUCAACCACAAAUCAUUUUGCCUCGCCAUAGAUAACAAGCUAGCAAAGUUUGCCGCAAUUUUGAGAACAAUUUGUGAUGUCAUUUAUGGUCUCCGCAUAGUUUUUCAAUUCCACACUGCUUACAUCGCGCCUUCAUCUCGGGUAUUUGGACGAGGUGAACUUGUCAUAGAUCGUACACAGAUUGGCAAGAGAUAUUUGCAACGUUACUUCAUUGUUGACUUCAUUUCUAUUCUGCCUAUGCCACAGAUUAUAGUGUUAAAAUAUCUUAACCAAGCAAGACGUGUGGAGGUAUUGGCCACAAAAACAGCACUCUUGAGGAUUGUCAUCCUGCAAUAUUUCCCAAGAUUUCUACGCUUUAUACCAUUAGCUUCUGAAGUUAAAAAGACAGCUGGUGUUUUUUCUGAAAAUGCAUUGCUCGGCGCCAUAUACUAUUUGAUCUGGUAUAUGCUUGCUAGCCAUAUAACGGGUUCUGUGUGGUACUUACUAGCUAUAGAAAGGAACGACACAUGCUGGAAGAAUGCCUGCAAAGAAGUUGAAGGCUGCAACACACAUUUCUUGUAUUGUGGGAGUACAAGUAAGCACAUGACAGGUUAUGAAAGUUGGAGAAAUAUCAGCGAGAAUGUUCUUAGAAGUAAAUGUUUUGUUGAGGACGACUCAUCAGCAUUUAAUUAUGGAAUCUUCUCUCAAGCUAUACAGUCUGGUAUUGUUGCUUCCAUAGAAGUCUUUCCAAAAUUCUGCUACUGUUUAUGGUGGGGCCUUCAAAAUUUGAGCACACUUGGUCAGGGGCUUCUAACAAGUACCUACCCUGGAGAGGUUAUGUUUUCCAUAGUAAUAGCUAUCAUGGGGCUCGUCCUUUUUGCUCUUCUGAUUGGAAACAUGCAGACCUACCUUCAAUCAAUGUCAGUUCGUCUUGAGGAAAUGAGGAUCAAAAGACGUGACUCUGAGCAGUGGAUGCAUCACCGCUUGCUUCCUCAAGAGCUAAGGGAAAGAGUCAGACGCUACGACCAAUACAAGUGGCUGAACACCCGAGGUGUAGAUGAAGAGAGCUUGGUUCAGAGUCUUCCAAAAGAUCUCAGGAGAGAUAUCAAACGUCAUCUUUGUUUGAAUUUGGUCAGAAGGGUUCCUCUCUUUGCGAACAUGGACGAAAGGUUGCUUGAUGCUAUAUGUGAGCGAUUGAAACCAAGUUUAUAUACAGAGGGAACUUACAUAGUUAGAGAAGGGGAUCCAGUUAAUGAGAUGUUGUUCAUCAUUCGUGGUCAUCUAGAGAGUGUGACCACAGAUGGUGGAAGAAGUGGAUUUUUCAACAGAGGACUUUUGAAGGAAGGUGACUUCUGUGGCGAAGAGCUGCUAACAUGGGCACUGGACCCAAAAUCUGCUGCUAACUUGCCAUCAUCUACAAGGACAGUGAAAGCCAUAAAUGAGGUGGAGGCAUUUGCUUUGGAGGCAGAGGAGUUGAAGUUUGUUGCUUCCCAGUUCAGGCAUAUCCACAGCAGACAGGUUCAGCACACCUUCCGAUUCUACUCGCAGCAGUGGAGGACAUGGGCUGCAAUCUACAUUCAAGCUGCGUGGAGACGACAUUCCAGGAGGAAAAUCUUAGAACAACGCCGGAAGGAGGAAGAGGAAUUGUAUGAGUCUGAUGAUUAUGAAGGAAGUGACGAUUCUGCAAGGGCCUUGGUCUCGCCGCGUGGUGAAGGUUCAUCAUCCAGGCUUGGACUUCACUCAACCAUCUAUGCUUCUCGCUUUGCUUCUAAUGCGCUUCGUGGUCAUAGGCUUCGUUCUUCAAGUUCCAUGAACCUGAUGAAAAUCCAAAAGCCCCAAGAGCCUGAUUUCAGUGCUCUUGAUAAAGAGUGAGUGAUCACGCUCUGUUUUCAAUCAAAAUAUGAGCUGAAAAAAUGUGUUGCCUUGAAUGGGGCGACACAAAUUUUGGUUUAGGUGACCUAUUACAUGAUUUUAGGUCUAUUGAAUUUCCAUGGACAUUUGAUU